AUGCUCGUACCAACUUUGCUGCUCCUUGCAUCCUGCGUCCGAGCUGCAGACGAAUUGGUCCCGGAUCCGACUAAUGCUACCAACUUGGGUGGGUGCUUCCUUGCAGUAGUAGCGAGUCUCGUUGGUGGUGGGAUGCUCGGGUUGGGCAAUCGCUUCGUGUCUGAGACUGUCUUCGCCACUGGCUUCGCUCUUGGAGCUGUCAGCACAGCCAUGACAACGGACCACUUGCUUGUUGAUAAAUCCUACCGGAGUCUCGGCGUUUGGGUUGCCUUCAUCUUAGGCGGUGCAGCUUGUGGUGGCAUGGCCAUGUGGGUGCAUCCGAAGAGCAGUUUCAUCACGGGCAUUGCAGGAGGUGUGAUAGUUGCAGUGGUCGCGACCAAUUCAGCAGCAUAUUACAUCCGUCCAGGUCAGACUCAAGAGCUGUUCACCCUUCUGUGCUUCCUUUUCGCUGUCGUGUUUGCCUCGUUCGCCCUAAAAUACGGCAGGCCGGUGGAAAGUGUCGGGAUCAAUAUCUUUGGUGCUGGGAUCGUUGUGUGGGGUAUCGGCUACUUCAUGGGCGACUUUCCAUCUCCGGACGAGCUGGAGAAGUACGCGACCCGGAAUGCAGACGGUAAUCUUGAGUACACGAUACCUACUCUAUGGUGGGGAUACGUCGGAGGCAUUGCAAUAUUGGCGGCCUUGGGCAUGUUCGUACAGCAUCGGAAGACCGGGCGCCUGGACGUCAGCAAUGAUUUUUCGGUCUUUGAAACAACCGGCAUUGGAUCCGCCAUUGACGUGGCGCUUCAUACUGAAACCGAGAAACAGCGGCUGACGAUUCCAGUCAUGGAUCAGUCCACAAACACUGCAUGGGAGUCCGACUUCUUGCCGUCAUCCUACUCUAGCGUCGUCCAUCAGUCGUUUUGCCGGCUGUACUCGAGAAACACAGAGGCACAAGCGAUCAGUAAGAUGAGGUCAAAUUUCUUCGAAACGAGGGCGUCGGAGACAAAAGGUGCUGUCGAUGACUCGAGGGUAUGUUUGCAGCCGCCACAAAGCGAGUGGCUUGCGAAAAGUGGAAACCAAAGCGACGGUGAAAGAGGUUUGGAGUAA